CAAUGAGUAUGUUAAAAGAAAAUAUAUAUAUACAUAAGAUAUUUUGCAAAAAUGUAUCAUUCCAAUAAAGUUUUACUUGUUAAGACUAAUCUGUCUGCCUUCUGUGUACGUUUUGUAAUGGCCUUGUCAUAUGAGAAAUGUGUUUGUGUGACAAAUGUGCUUUUACCACUGAAGUAGAACCUCUCUAUGUAAAUAUUUCAUAUUUAAAGUUGUUUGUCGCAGCAUCAAAUAGGAGCCAACCAUAAUUUUAACACAUUGACCUGGUAAACAAUUGGAUUUAUUACACGUACACGUAUUAGGUAAAGCAUAGUUUUCAGGUACAGUCACAGGUGGGUUUACAGGCAAGUAUUGAUUUAUAUUUUAUGUCUAUUUUGCCGACCAGUCCGGGGUGUACCCUGCGUCUCGCCCGAAGUCGGCUGGGAUAGGCUGUAGCAUACCCUCACGACCCUGCGGAGGAUAAGCGGCAUAGAAACUGGUUGGAUGGAUGUCUAUUUUGCAGUAAUUGAAGGCAAACACUAUGCUGUUUUGGAACUUGAUAGUAUCCUUUAAUAGUCUUGCUUGAUUGUGUAUAUGUGCAAUAUUCCAUAAGAUGUCUUUUGUUCUUGGUGUUCUUGCAGGACCAGCAACAUUGCAUGAGAUAUGCACCUGACCGAAUAGUCAACAUUAAUGCUUGUUUUACAGCACAGUUAGGCAUUUUUGAUGGUCUCCAAACCCCUGAAAACCAUAUGAGUCUGUAGCAUAAAUGUAUGUGUUUUGUGCACAAUAAUGUCAUGUUUAUGUACAGUAUCUUACAUAGACCUGCCAUGGUGCAUGCAUUAGAUAAAAUCUUAGCUUGAGGAUCCCCACGAUGAAAAAAAAACAUCUGUUGUGUGUUUUGCAAGAUGCAAAUCCCUUACAAGUACUUUUGCAGUUGUAUUUUGUGCUGUAAUGUAUGUUUUGGAGCAUAAUGUAUGGUGUUUCUAGGUGCAUUUACCUAGGUGGGCCUCGUUUCUAUCCUGAGGUAGACACCACCCCUAUUUUUUGCUAUUUUGCAGCACAGUGGUACGUUUUUUGCCUUUUGUUGCAUGGCAUGCAACAUGACAUUGAACCCCAAAUCUCCUCGUUUGAGGCUCCCCUUUCCCCAACGUAUAAAAAAACAUUGUUUUGUUUUGUGCAUGUGUUUUUUGCACAAUUUUCUAUAUUAUACACGAGAUAGACGGUUCCCCAAAUAGUGUUGUUAAUGUUUGUUUGAGGAGCACAAUUCCUCCAAAAUAAUAAUUCCUUGCUUCAUUGCAAUAUUAGCUAAACGCUAAUCCCUUCAGUGUGUUUUUGCAGCAGUGAUGCAUUUUUGCUAUAAAUGUAUCUACAGCAAUGUUUGGUUGCAUGGUGUGCAUGAGAUAGACCCCUCCCCCUAAAAAAAAGUUCCGGCUAUAGACCCACCCCACAGAUGCUACGUAAAAAAAAAUCACCCAGCUUUGUUUUCCUACAGUGAUCAAUGUGAGCGGCUUGCUAAAACUGUCGGUCAAAUACGUCACUGCUUGAGCGUGAGAGCAUUUAAAACAAUCUUUAUAGUUGUCGCCCCUUUGUGUUGCCAUUUUGGCCGUCUUUCACACGUCGUGGUGAGCGCAUGUGUACGCUCGCUCGCUGGACUACUAGUUCCACCUUAAGAGCGAGAGGGAGGGUGAAAGUUUUGGUUGCAACCCGGCGGGUCCACCUUAAGCGCACAAGCAGGCGUACGGCAAGGUUUCCGCUUCUCAACUCGCGGCUCACGAGAGCACCGAGCCCCAAACUAGCGUAAGGUUGACGCACUGAAGCUAGCCGAGAAAGAAAGAAAAAGAGAGGCGGGGGAGAGAAGAAAAAUGUCCGACUCCAAGUACCGAGAGUGGAUUCUGGACACAAUCGACUCCCUCCGGUCGAGAAAAGCCCGGCCAGACUUGGAGAGGAUCUGCCGAAUGGUCCGUAGACGACACGGGUCCGAGCCCGACCAAACGUGCGCAGAACUGGAGAAACUGAUCCGGGAGCAGACGGUGCUCAAAGUCAACUACAAGGGCUCUAUUUCGUACCGGAACGCCGCCAAGGUUCAGCGGAGGUGCCGCAAAAAGGACGACACGGUGUCUGCGACUGUUGGAGGUGGAGCGGCGGCGGUGGCAGCGGCAAAGAGCGCGGUGGACGACGCCAGUCAUUCGGACUUGAGCAACGGGGACAGCGCGCUCGGUGCCGCGGACCCGGACGACGACGACGAGGAGGAGGCAGACACCUCCAUGGCGAUGGACACAGACAGUAAUGCAGAUGAGGAGGGGGGCGACGAGAGCCGGGACAGACACUACGGACCCUCCCCCGGCCCUGCAUGUGAAGUUACGGCCAUGCAAGGUGCAGGAGUGCGAGCGGCGUCCGCCCCCUGCUCUCCCUCUGGCACCCGGCCCAGUCCUGGCGGCCCCCCCGGCUUGGGCCUGGACUGCAUCUCAUUCCAAAGGGCUGGUACAAGGCCCAGCUCCUUGCCCCCCUCCAGCCCGAGGGCCCUUGCACACAAUGACUGGGCUUAUGGUGCCACUGGCUGCCCAGUGGAGCGCCAGGACACAGGAAUGCACAUAGACAAAGUGGCCAUGAAAGCAACAGUCCACCCUGUGGCGCUCACCCUGAAGAACAAUGUGAAAAAAGAAGAUAAGACAGGGGACAGCAGCCCUCUGUCAGACCAGCUGGUACCAGACUACCCCACACAACUGGAGAGGAGCAGUGACGUUUCCGAGGGACGGACGCAGAUUCUGUCAUCGUUGGACAACUGUACUUUAAAGAAGAAUGCGGAGAUGAUCUCCUCCCACCCACAAGCCAACAACAUUCUAGUGAAUGGUGAUAAAAGCGAUGACGUCUCUGUGAAGAAGGAGAAGAUGAGUCAGAACUUGCUACAGUGGAGUGUGGCCGACGUGGUUACUUACUUCUCGAACGCAGGCUUUCCAGAGCAAGCCGUGGCGUUUAAGACGCAGGAGGGGCGCUGGCCCUUUAAGAAGAGCCACACCAUGUAUCAUAAAGCCAGGGCCUUGUGCACCCUGUGGACUUCCUGUGGGCUCAUACCCCUGACCUUCUUUAUUCCUCAACGACUGAAGUGCUGCACUUGGGGCUCCUCCAGAACCUUCUUCCUACUUUCGUCUGAGGUGAGACCUUCCCAAAACCAUGCAGGUAAAAAACUACAACAUGUCUGUUCAGUGCAUCAAAGUUCCUGCAGUAGCUGAGAGCACUUCCUAGUCUCAUUCAUUUCUACUUACCUCAUUGAUUUGCAUUGUGAGCAGCAAUGGCCGCCUGCAUGGUAAAUAAUACAAGAACCAGGCCAAGCCAAUACAGAGCAGAUCAGAUGCAAUAUUUGUUAUCAUUCAUUUUUAUCAUGUGAUCUACAAAGCAGACACUUGAAGUGUGUAACAUUCCAUAGGAUGUAGUCCACCUUGUCUUAAAUCAGUCCGUUAAAACAAAUAAAGCCUAUGUUCAGCCUCUUGAUACUUUUUUUUUAGUCCUUUUUUUUGUAUACAAUCGUUGAAAAUGGAAGAUUUGUUUUCCCCCAAAUGUCUGUAAGCAAUUAUGUGAAGCACUGUGGCUCAGAUUAGUACAGAAAUAAAUCCAAAGAACUUAAAAAAACCCAACUAAAAACAUGAUGUGGCAUCCUUUUUUAAAGUUUAUUUGUAGUCUUGGCUCUGGACUUGGGAUUGGAUCCUAUUCCAUCAUGUUGUAUGCCAGAAAUGCACUUGAUCCACACGCAAAAAAAAAAAAGAGCAUAGCCUGUCUGCUUUAUGAAGGUCACACAUGGGUCAGCUCCAGGCUGCUGGCUACAUGGACAGUGCACAUUAAGUUUCCUACCAACAUCUACAUGAAAAGGACUUUUUUUUUUUUUUUUUUUUUUGCAUCCUCCUGCUCGUCAACAAUGGUAAAUUAAGACUUUAAACCAGCCAAAAACUGCUUCAAGCUUGUGACAGUCCAGUGGGCUGGAGGGAUUAUGGUUGGGUGGUGGUGGUCCAGGGAGGUGUUUGCCCUUCCUAAAGGAUGAAGGGCAGUAUGGAGGAGCGCAGGGUGGGAUAAUCCUUGAACUCCUUCAAGUAGCCGCGGUGUUUCCCUCGGGCCCACACAGUCAUCUGGAUGAAGCCCACCACAGUGAAGAGAGCCACGGGGACACACUGCGUCAUCACGCUGAAGGCUAUCCAUGAGCCCAGCUGUUGUCACACACACACACACACACACACACACACACACACACACACAGAACCAGCUGUAAAACUUUCUGCAACCAGGAGAUGGCAGCAUUCGCACAUAUUAAACUGACAGACGCUAUUAAAUCAACUGUAUGGAACAGUUUCUCCAUCCAAAUCACUUGUAAUCAAGAACCAAGAAUUGCCUCCUGUAGUGGUCUGUAAUAUAUAGAGCGGAGACGCCAGGUGUAUUUGUUCUAGCUGCCGUGCUAAUGUACUUUUCAAAAAAAUGGCUGAUUAUUUCGUGCAGCAAUUAAGGCCUAUGUGGCUGUAGCCAACAGAAGCGCUGUUGAGUCAGUCUGAAAUAGUUGGCGCGCCAAAGAACAACAUGACGUCACCUAUGGGUCAGAGUUCCAACACUGGCAGGGAAACAGGAGUUCACAACAUUCCAAGAGAGAUUUAACAGUGUCUAAAGAAGUAUUCUAUGCCUGGCACACCUCCAGUUAGCAUUAUUCGGCUAUAUACAGCAAUGGCAUGGAAGCAGGAGAUUAGAAUAUUCAAUGACAAAGUCUACCAUCCCAUUAAAAGUACUAUUUAAAUAACUAUUCACCAAUUCAUAUAUUAUCUUGUAUCUAGUUUGUGAUUUUUUUUCUCCAUAAGUCAAAGAUGGGUUAUCACAUGGAUCAUGUAAAUUCACAAUUUGGAGAUGCAUGUUUUUCAUAAACAAAUUUUGUUAUUUAUUAUUUUAUUUUAGUCCCGAACAAAAAUGUCUAAUGAUGCAAAAAUCUCUUCUGUGUGGCCGUGGGUGGGGGUACGUCAUCUAAUUUGCAUCAAUGACGCAUGUGCAUGUAAUGUGUGUAAUAAUAAAAAAAAAAAACAGCA